GAGCCCCAGCGCAGCGGAGGGCCCUCCGAGGAGCAGGAUGGGCGCUGGGACGACCUGUCGAGCCUCUUCAGGAGCCACGCGCCCGCCCUGCAGGAGGCGCGGUGCCGGCUGGAGCAACAGGCGGAGCGCCCCGGCGCCCCGCGGCCAGAGGGUCGGGCGCGGCCCAGAGGCCCGGCCGGAGCAGACGCCCGCGUGCCGCGGAAGUGCCCGAGCCUGCUCUUGCCCCAGGACUGCGGCAGG